AUGGCCGAUCCAGAUGUGCCCACACCAUUUGAGGUGAUCAAGGACCGCUUCUCAAAACAUAGCGACUUCAAAGUGCUCAGCCAUUGUCUCGGCAUCACGACCAUCAACAUGGGCUAUAGCGAAGACCCAGAGAUCUCUCGCAUCCGCAACAUCGCAGAGCAGCUGGCCCGGCAUACGGUCGUGAUCUGUCUUGACACGGAGCACUGGACCCUGAAUAGUGACGAGAUGACAGAGAUUGGAAUUGUCGUCCUACAUUCUCAAGAUGUGGCUCCGGUCUCGCGCGCAGGAGAAUUCGGUGACCACGGCUUCAACAUCUUGGAGCAGGCCAACUUCCACUUCUUGCGCCUGAAGGAGAAGACGCAUCUACCCACAUCCAACGUUAAGUCGCGAGGCCCCGACGGCAACUCGUUCGGCUACGCCCGCUUCGUCACAUUCGCUGAGGCUCGUUCCAUCCUCUGGGAUCUUAUGGUUCAGCCCAUCGACCAUGUACCAUCACUACAUGGGUACAACCGGCCUAUUGUCCUAAUGGGCCACUCUGUCGGCCACGAUCGAGAGCACCUCAACGGAAAAGAUUUGGGUUUCGAUAUAGACUCUCCCGGUACUGUCGCUCGUGUCAUUGAUACGCAGCAGAUCACCUUGGAUAGCAAGCACUGGUUUGGCUGCAAGGAUCCAAUCGGCCUGAGGACACUGGUUCAGAAGUUGGAGUUCCAUCAUACCAACUCGCACACAGCCGCGAACGAUGCGGCCCGUACUUUCAUAUCUGGAGUGCUGAUGGUCCUGCCAAAGAAAGCUCGUCAGAACUGUCGCCGCAACACGCAAAAGGUCGUCUACGACCUCGAGACCAGCAGCCGCGAGAACUUCGUCCCGCUUGGAGGUGUCGCUCUGUAUUGCGGCAUGUGCGGAGAAGACGGCCACAUGGGAGAUCAAGACUGCAUGACGCUCGGAAAGCUACGUCGCACUGGUCCAUGCCCAGAGUGCAUGUCUCGCGGAUUCGACAUCGAGGCCAAGUUCCACAUCGAAGCCCAUUGCCCCAUUAUCCGUGAUGAAGUCGCGGCCGAACGCCUCGCCUGGUACAAGGGCCAGCCGGCGGAGUGGAAGCCCAAGUAUCCCUUCGUCAGCAAUGGUCGCCUGCAAGCCUUCGCUCCGAACUCGCCUACGCCUAUACCCGCCUCUGACGAGGAGAUAGCCACGCGCCGAGCUUAUUACGACAAGCAAAAGGGCUCCAGUGUGUUUGAGGAGCGAUUCGUCUGGAUCGGUCGUUCGUUCCAGAAUUCGCCUCUUGCCGACCAGGGACCGCCUCCUGGACAGAAAGUUCGUAGGCAAUACCCGCCAGUGCCUGCCUUCCCGUCCACUCCUCCGCCUACAAAUGCAAUGCCUAUGCGUCUGGGCGGUCCUUCACUACGUGGAGACUACAUUGAUCGGCGCCCAUACGGCAGCAACAUGGGUAGUCGUGGGUAUACACAGCCCUCGUACCAGGACUAUGCUGUCCAGCCGUAUGCUCCUCACAGCAACUAUGUCAACUUCUCUGGGGAUAGUAGCCCGUAUUACUACCCAGCAUCCCCCUUUUAUCCUGGCUAUGGCAACUUCCGGCCGACUGGUGGUUUCAACAACUACCAGCCUGGUCCUUAUCAGGGUGACUUCAACAACCAGCCCUUUCAUGAUGGUGCAGGCUAUGGAGUCUACCCUGACUCAUACCGACAUGGUCGUGGUAGCAGCCGUGGUCGUGGUAAUGGUCGCGCUCGAGGCGAUGGCCGUGGCAGGGCUGGUUACCAGCAGGGAUAA